AUGACUGAACUGGACGACGAGCUGGCUGCGAUCCGGGCGAAGCGGCAAAAGGCCCAGGAGACCCAGCAGACCGCCAUGUUCACCAUUUUGCAGAAGAAGCGCGAGAUGGAGGGCGAGGACCCCGCGGUGUUGGAGGCCAACGCCAAAAGGUUCAAGUCAGCGACGGGCUACGGGCAAAACCCGCCCGAGCCGGUAAAAAAGCACCCGACCGCCUGGCCCGGCGGGGUGCACCCGGCCAUCGCGAGCGUACCGCUGGCCGCCGGCCUGCCGCAUUUGACGGAGGAGGAGCGGGCGCAGGGCAAGAAGCUCCUAUCAACUGUAAAAAUGUCUGGGUCUGGAAGAGUGCCAGACGUGUCAUGCAGGUUUUCCAUGACCGAUGAGGUCUGGUGUGUAGGACAGAGCAUGACAGAUUCUGCGAGAGUUCUAUCAUGCCUAUCCUGCAUGAGAAACUGCCUCUCGACUAGGUCAGAAGUUGACAGCUUUUGGCAAUCAUGCAACACAGAUCUUUACAUAAUUCAGAUUUAGCAUGACAAGUUGCAUUCUUCCAGACCCAGACAUUUUUGCAUUUGAUAGCUCCCCACCGACGACGACAUGAUCCACAGCCAGUACGACGCGCUGGCCAGGUACGGCGAGAAGGCGGUCACCGGGAACGCGAUCGUGCCCGUGGUGGACGGGAACGGGACCGCGGUGGAGGAGUGGCUUACCACCGGGUUUCAGGCGCAACUGCGCAAGAUGGAAUCCGCGACCAAUUUCAAGCACGGCAUGAAGAUUAUCGAGAAGAUCUGGAUCCACCGGCACCGGCACAUCCCCUACAAGGAACAGAUCCAGCUCUACUCCAUCCUGUUCACCAAACCCCUGACGCAGGACCUCAUCGUUCACAUCGACAAGGCGGGCGGCGACCAGGAGAAAAACGACCGGUUUCGGGUCAUUCCGAAGCGACUCGUGCAAGACCGGGCACGGCCCACCAGCGUGAUGAAGAUAAGAAACCGACCACCGGACAAGUUUAUCCCCAAUGUGCCGGAGUGGAUCGACGUCAUGCACCUCAUGAAGCCCAUUGAGAUCGGGUUGACGCAGAAUUUGAAAGAAAAAACCACGGCCGACUUGAUCAAAGCACUCUACGCGGUGGUGAAGGUACUGAUAGGGUUGAUGAUUUUAUUGCGUUUUUGCAUCGUGUCAUGCGAAGAGGCCAGCACAGGCUGGGCUAGUAUGUUGCGAAUUCAUUCGGUCCUCGCAUGCAUGAUUUAGAUAAGUAAAAGUUCUUCCUUGCACAAAUUGAAUUUCAGGUCCACCUUCUGGAUGUGCCGUUUCAAAAUCGAGCGACCUUCGAGCCAACCAGCGGCGAGAAGAACUGCAUGCUGAAGCUCCAAGAGAUGCUGAAAAGCAAAACCGCGGCAAAUGGCGACGAGCUGAAAACCCUGAGUGCCAAGGUGAUCUGCAUGUUGCUGUACAGCAACAGUCUGAUCGCGAACCCGAAUUUCAUCUCAAAUGUCGGCGCGUUGCAGAAAUUGGCUCUGGACAAGGGACUGAUAAGGUAUAUAGUACCUCAAUGUUACUGCUUGCCUUUCGAUCUUCCUAUGUUGAUCCGUUGUGUUUUUCGUCCCAUUGCACAUAAUUGCAAUUGCUCGUUGCAGAAGCAGCUUCAUGUUGUCCGUUUGUUAUUUAUUUCAUACAGUGUUCAUUAUUUCAAUCUGAAACCAACAGAACCUUGUACCACGACGUCGUCCGCGGGCAGCAGAUUGCAGACAUGGAAUCUGCGCAGGUGUGCGAGCUGGCCUAUGCCGUGGCGAAGUUUAAUCAGCUGUACACACAAACGCUGGCCAGCAAGAACGAUCUGUCCGCCGCCGCCGGGCUGGGGAUUGCGCACCGGGAACCGGUGGAGGAGCAGGUGUUCAACAAGAUCUCCGAGAAGAUCCAGAUGAGCAAGGACUCCAUCAGUUUGAAGCAUUUGGCGGACAUUGUGUCGGUGUACGCCCUGUUCGGGCUGAAGGACGAGCAGUUGUUCCACUCCCUCGCGCCCAUUUUCCUGACGGAAAAGGCCAAAGGAAAGCUGAACGACUUCGACUUCCAGCAAACGCUGAAGGCCUACAUCAAGUUCAACCUGCCGCUCCGGGAGGAGGCGCAGGGCUUCCGGAACAUCGCGGUCAUCGGCAAGGGCGACUUUACCCGGCCCAGCGACAAACCAAAAAAGGAAAAGUUCGCCUACCACAGGCCGGAGCCGCUGCAGGACAGAUGAGGCCGCGUUUGGUGGUGGUCGGCAGGCAAGCAGUUCUUGGCGCGGAGUGGCUUAUUUGGUUUUCGACGAUGAAGACGAAGACCCGGUGCCAUUUCGUUCCUGUGUAGAUAGUCCUCUGCUCCGCACAUCAGUAUCAGACGACUGCAGUUCUGUAUUACGGAACAGUGAAUGUUGUUGGAAAAACUACGCGAUUUAUCAGAAGCAAUGCGUCGCCAGCUGUGAUUUCUACAGCAGUUUUCACUGAGGAGUUCUUGCUCUGUGUUCCUACUCGUGCUUGAUGUUUACCCGAUAUCCUGGAUCUCUGCGGAGUAUUUGCAGCUUUUUCAGUACACAAUGCUAUAUUGUUCAUCUGCUGUUCAAAUUCACUGCGGUAAGGGACCUCCUGCGGCGCUGCGCGCGAGCCCAGGACGCGGCUGCCCCGGCAUCUGGUGGUAACGCGAACGCCCG